AUGAUUUUAUCAGAGCAAGUUAAUUAUAAAGAAAUAGACAGUGUUAUAGUAGAUGAAACAGUAAGAAGAAUAAGUUCAAUACCACCUAAUGAUGUAAUACCAAAUUCAUGUAUUGAAGUAACAGAUUCAUUAGAACUAAUAAAUGAGUAUGAGAGGGAUGAAAAUAGUCAAUCAAAUGAUGUUCUAAAUUUCUUUAAAGAAAUUAUAAGUGUUAAAGAUACUACAAUCACAUUUAGAGAUUCUUAUAAACUUUAUUCUAAACUAAAUAACAAUCAAUUAAUAGAUAAAGAAUUAUUUUUAAAUGUAUUUGAUUACUGUGAAGAAAUUAAACUAAUCAAUUCAUGUAUUGAUCUUAAAGAGUGUCUUAAUGACUUAAAAUUAGAAGAAGUUACAACUGUAAAAAAUGAUGAUAUUAACACAAUACAUAGUAAUGGAAGUAAUAAAAUACAAAUUGAUGUUAAGGUGGUUAACAGGUAUGUUUAUAAAGAUAAGUUACUUAAUUCAAUAUGUGAUUACUGUAAAGAAGGUAAAGCACAUUAUUUUUCUAAUGAACUUAAUUUUGCUUGUAAAAAUUGUUUAAAUGAAAGAAAGUAUCUUUUAGCAACUUUUAAUGAAAUUACACCAGAAUUAAUUUCAUUUUUAUGGGAUAAGAAGGAAGAGUAUGCACUAUUAAAGGGUAUUAGUUUAUAUGAAGAUAAAUGGGAUGAGGUAUGUAAGUUUGUUAAUGAUAACUGUAAUUUAAAUGAGUAUAAAAAGACAAAAGAAUCAUGUAUCUUUCACUUUGUUACGAUACCAAUACUUGAAUAUAUUAAUGAGUUUACAAUGAAACCAUUUUCAACAUUUAACAAUCAAAUAACAACUCUUAUAGCCUUUUUAACUACAUUUGAUACUAAACUAGCUGCAUUUAUAUCUCAACAUGUCAUAAUCAAAUUAAAAGAAUUUUCAUUGAUUCAAGAUAAUGAUAAAGACUUUAAUGAAGAACUGUUUAAUAGUGUGAUUGCUAAAAGUAAAGAAAUAUCAAAAGAAACUCUAGAAUUAGAAAAAAGAAAGUUAAAAAGAUUGAAUGAUGUAAGAAUUGAGGCACUAAUCUUAUUAAUUAAUCAAAAAUUAAAAACUUUUAAUGAUUUAAAUAAGGAAAGUACUAAAAUAAGAAAUGAAAUAGAAAAUAAAUUGAAAUAA